CUGUUGCCGAGGCGACGCCUUGGUUACUUCCGUUCCUUUCAAUGCUUCCGGGUUGGCGCUGCGGUGGUGUUUCCUACUGUGGGAGUCUCCGCUUCCCAGUCGUCUGCUGAGCUUGAGCAGCAUCAGAAAAGUUCCACUUUAAGCCAUGAGAUGUCUGGUCUGAACUGGAAACCUUUUGUGUAUGGCGGCCUUGCCUCUAUUGUUGCCGAGUUCGGCACUUUCCCUGUGGACCUUACUAAAACACGGCUGCAAGUCCAAGGCCAGAGCAUCGAUGUCCGUUUCAAAGAAAUAAAAUAUAGAGGGAUGUUUCAUGCCUUGUUCCGAAUUUAUAAAGAAGAAGGGAUCUUGGCUCUGUAUUCAGGAAUUGCCCCUGCUUUACUAAGACAGGCAUCAUAUGGCACCAUCAAAAUUGGUAUUUACCAAAGCUUGAAGCGGUUAUUUGUAGAACGUUUGGAAGAUGAAACUCUCCUGAUUAAUAUGAUCUGUGGGGUAGUGUCAGGAGUGAUUUCAUCUACUAUAGCCAAUCCCACUGAUGUUCUAAAGAUUCGGAUGCAGGCUCAAGGAAGUUUGUUCCAAGGGAGCAUGAUUGGCAGCUUCAUUGAUAUAUACCAGCAAGAAGGUACCAGGGGGCUGUGGAGAGGUGUGGUCCCAACUGCUCAGCGGGCUGCCAUCGUUGUGGGAGUGGAGUUGCCAGUUUAUGACAUUACCAAGAAGCACCUGAUACUGUCGGGAAUGCUGGGAGACACCAUUUUAACACAUUUUGUUUCUAGCUUUACCUGUGGUUUGGCUGGGGCUCUGGCAUCUAACCCAGUUGAUGUUGUGAGAACGCGAAUGAUGAAUCAGAGGGCAAUAGUGGGCCAUGUGGACCUCUACAAGGGUACAUUGGAUGGUAUUUUAAAGAUGUGGAAACAUGAAGGCUUUUUUGCCCUCUAUAAAGGAUUUUGGCCAAACUGGCUUCGACUUGGACCCUGGAACAUCAUUUUUUUUAUUACAUAUGAGCAGCUCAAGAGGCUUCAGAUCUAAGAACUGAACAUCUGUGAGCCCAGCCCUGCCGCCCUUUCUACUGUUCUCCUUUGUGUUCCUAUUGUAUUUUGACAAAGACGUAUGUGUUUACAGAACCAGUGGUCUCCCAAGAGCCCUCUAAUGGAAGACUAGUAGGAUGACUUAAGGUUGUUGAUGCAUUUGUGUUACCUCUUCCCUAAGAGGAAGUAUUAACAUUGCGAGUGUGACCCCAGAUUGGUGUCUUCUGUGAAGAUGGAUACUGAUGGGUGACAUUCAAAAGGGCCUUCUUUUCAAACGUGGGUUAAAUGUAGUUGGUUAUCCCCAGAUAGGCUACAGCAGAAGGCUACCAGCACAGUUCCUGCUAGCUAUGUUAUAGACCUUGGUUCUCAUUAAACUAUUUAUUGGCUGAA